CCGCGUUCACGUGUUUUAGGUAACAGAAGCUGCAGUCGCUCCUCCUUCCCGUGUCUUUCACGAUCAUAUAACCGAUAAACUUCUGCAACCCCGAAAGGAAGCAGAAAACCGUCCCGCCCAUAAACGCAAACAUGCUGCAUGAAAAAGUUCCUGAUACUCCUGUUGAAGUCCUUGUGGAUCUGAUAACAAAGGCUAAAGACAUAGCUGCAACAUGUGCAUCUGUCCCAGAGGAGCUGAAAGGUCACCUGCAGAAGGCUCUGGACAUCGCUAGUGGGUUGGAUGAGUACUUGGAUAGGAUGACCACUAAAGAAAGUCAACCUCUGGCAGAACUUUAUGAGAAGACUGUGUCUCACGAUUGGGACCAAGUGUUUAAGGAGGGCAAGACUAAGUUCCAGCUUCCAAAGGAGUGCAUCACUGGCCAUGUUGAGGGUCAGGCCCUUAAGAUGCUGAUCCACAUGAGUCAGGCCAAGAGGGUUCUUGAGAUUGGGAUGUUCACCGGCUACGGAGCUCUGUCCAUGGCAGAGGGGCUUCCAGAAGAUGGCUGCUUGGUGGCCUGUGAGUUAGAACCAUAUCUCAAAGAGUUUGCUCAGCCCAUCUUCGACAAGUCUCCUCAUGGUAAAAAGAUAACUGUCAAGAUUGGAUCUGCAAUGGACACCCUAAAGGAGUUGGCUGCCAAGGGUGACCAGUUCGACAUGGUCUUCAUAGAUGCAGACAAGAUUAAUUACAUCAACUACUACAACUUUAUCAUGGACAGCAACCUGUUAAGGCUGGGAGGGGUUAUAUGUGUUGAUAACUCACUCUACAAAGCAAAGGUUUAUCUUAAAGAUACCACAGAUAGCAAUGGCUUGGCGCUUCGAGAGUUCAACCAGUGUAUUUUGAAUGAUCCCCGGGUAGAGCAGGUCAUCGUCCCUCUCAGAGAUGGCAUCAGUCUUAUACGACGUGUAUCUGUGGCCUCAGCAAAAUCGCUAUCACAGGUUGACAUAACAGACGAUGAAGUUUUCCGCGGCGUCCAGGGGCGUUCUAUCUUGGAUCGGAUGCGACUGGAUGGAAAGGUGGCCUACGUAACGGGAGGUGGGCAAGGCAUUGGCCGGGCGUUUGCUCACGCCCUAGGUGAGGCUGGUGCUAAGGUGGCCGUGGUGGACAUCGACCAAACCAAAGCGGAGGCAGUGGUUAAGGAGCUCUUCCUUAAAGGGAUCCACGGUAUUCCCAUCAAAGCUGACAUCAGCAAGGCAGAUGACGUGCAGCGGAUGGUUGACACCAUCGUCUCUAAAUGGGGGACGAUCCAUAUCGCCUGCAACAACGCCGGCAUUAACAGGAACUCAGCCAGCGAAGACACCAGUUUAGAGGAGUGGGACCAGACCUUUAACGUCAACCUGAGAGGGACCUUUAUGUGCUGCCAGGCGGCAGGUCGAGUGAUGUUAAAGCAGGGAUACGGAAAGAUUAUCAACACAGCCUCCAUGGCCAGUCUAAUAGUUCCCCAUCCUCAGAAGCAGCUUUCCUACAACACCUCCAAGGCAGGAGUGGUCAAGAUGACUCAGACUUUAGGAACCGAAUGGAUCGACAGAGGCGUUCGUGUCAACUGCAUCUCUCCGGGGAUUGUUGACACCCCUCUCAUCCACUCUGAGGAUCUGAGGCCUCUGGUGCAGCGCUGGCUGUCAGAUAUCCCUGCUGGUAGACUGGCUCAAGUGACAGACCUGCAAGCCGCAGUGGUCUACUUGGCAUCUGACGUCUCUGACUACAUGACAGGGCAUAACUUGGUCAUAGAGGGUGGGCAAAGUCUGUGGUAGAAGGCAGGACAUGAAGACAUUUUUUUUUCUCUCCUUUCACUCUCAAAGUUAGACUCAGAAAUAUGAAGUUUUACAAAACGAUACUUCCCUGUUUAGUUUGGCCUUACUUAAUUAUUCAAUUGUUUUCACUCUUUUUAUUACAUUACAACCAAAAUUUUGUAUUUUAUUGAGAUUCUAUGGGAAAUCAUUUCAAUAGAAAAAUAUUGUAGCCUU